UUUCUUUCUUUAACACAAAAAGAGCUAAAGAAACCCGAACUUUCUGUGGAUGUAGUGCUUUCACCUAAGAUCUGAAGAGCAGUUAACGGGAAACCUGCAGAAUUAAAGCUUACGGAUCCAAUUAUCCCAUUCGGACGGUGCACUACGUUGCAUAACUAUCUCUUGUUCAUUCUAUACAUCGAAUAAACAGAAGGGACACACACACAGCUACAUCAUUUUGUGGACAUUGUUCGGUUAUAUAACAAAACAAAGAAAAAUGACUCAGUUCAACAAGGGACCGACCUACGGCCUCUCUGCAGAAGUGAAAAGCAAGAUCGCCCAAAAGUAUGACCUGCAGAAGGAGGAGGAGCUGCGCUUCUGGAUCGAGGAGGUGACGGGCAUGCCCAUUGGGGAGAACUUCCAGCAGGGCCUGAAGGACGGUGUCAUCCUGUGCGAUUUGAUUAACAAGCUGCAGCCUGGUUCAGUAAAGAAAAUCAACCAUUCUAAACUAAACUGGCAUAAGCUGGAAAACCUGGGAAACUUCAUCAAAGCUAUUCUGAACUAUGGCUUGAAGCCCAAUGACAUCUUUGAAGCGAACGACCUCUUUGAAAAUGGAAACAUGACUCAAGUCCAGACCACACUCCUCGCUUUGGCCAGUAUGGCCAAGACGAAAGGCAUUGACACAAAGGUAGACAUCGGCGUGAAAUACGCCGACAGGCAGACACGGCAGUUCAACGAGGAGAAGAUGAAGGCUGGACAGUGCGUCAUUGGGCUACAGAUGGGCACGAACAAGUGCGCCAGUCAAGCCGGGAUGACGGCGUACGGGACUAGGAGACAUCUCUAUGACCCUAAGAUUCAGACGGACAAGCCCUUUGACCAGACUACCAUCAGCUUGCAGAUGGGAACAAACAAAGGCGCCAGCCAGGCUGGCAUGGCCGCUCCUGGCACCCGCAGAGACAUCUUUGAUCAGAAGGUGGCUGUGCAGCCAUUGGACUCGUCCACCAUCUCCCUGCAGAUGGGCACCAACAAGGUGGCCUCCCAGAAGGGCAUGAGCGUCUACGGGCUCGGCCGGCAGGUCUUCGACCCCAAGUACUGUGCCACUCCCCUGGAGCCCACAGUCCACGCUAACGGCAGCCAGGGCAUGGGCACAGGCACCAACGGCUCCGAGGCCAGCGACACUGACUAUCAGGGUGACUACCCCGACGAGUACCCGCUCAACUACCAGGACGAGUACGGCGGUCACUACAAUGACCAGGCCAUCGACUAUUAGGCAGAAUCCAGUGCAGGCCGAGUUAAGCCAGCUUUAUGUCUCUCUCUUCCUAAAAAUCAACAGGGCAAGUCUUUUGCUUUCCACGUUAGCUUUUACGCUCCAGCUGAAGUGCAAGACAAAAACGGCUGCUUGUCUGCGUUCCUUUCCUCCCGCCUGUCGAAAACAUCAGUAUUUUAAUCAAUUAUAGUACUCUGUAGAAAGUACCAGUACUCAGUUCUGUUUAUCAUAAGGUUAAGAACAUUCCACUUUUAUUCUUUUUAACCUUUUUUUAUGAAGUAUUGAUUACUGUGAAGUAAUGAUUUUGUUUUUGCCACAAUGAUGAAGUGUCCAGUACUUUAUACUACAAUCAUGUCUCAUAUUAUGACUCUUCAAAAGGUUCUGUUCUCUUAAAGGGGAAUGUCGUGCAUGUCAGUCCGGUGUACAUAUGUAGCUUCUGAUCUUUUCCCCAUUGCCUUUAAUAUAUUAUAUAUCAAGAUUAUAAUACUCUGUGGCCAUUAGGGUGAGUGAAGGAAACUGGUUGCACCUUCUUAUUGGACUGUGGGAUGUUUUUAAAAAAUAAUAAUUAAAAGAAAAAACACUGGAACAGGUUUUUCCCUCUUCUCAGUUGUUUUCCAUGUUACUAAAAAUAUUUUUUAUUUUAUUACAUCAGAUGCGCCAUAAGGUCUUAAUGUAUGUAAAAUCUACUCUCUCUGUAUUUAUUACCAUGUUUUUUUUUUCGAAGUGUGAACCUUCUAUGUUUUUUAUAACUACAUUUAAUGUUUUUAAAUUUUAAUAUUUAGGUUUUUUUUUUGUUUUUUUGAUUGUACCCCCAGAUCCAGGUAUUUACUAUAAAUUGUCACAAUGAAUCGUUAUUUUGGGGUAAAGUGUCAGCCACAGAAAUAAAUAAUUAGAAAAUCA